CAUCUUUACCGCACAACCUUGUACUACUGUACUAUAUUCAUGUUCUCAGAACAACCUCGGUAGUACAAAAAAACAUGUCUUUCAAUUUGAUUCACUUGUGUCAUCAGACACUGAUUCUUCUCAGUGUUUGGUUACUUUUCACUUCUUCAUAUAAUAAUAAUAAUCUCUGCUCUGCAAAAGAUGAACAAAGUAGCAACACUACUGAUGAUAGUUUCUUCACUGUUUCCAGCUUCUCCUACCCUCAAACUACUCUUAGACCUUAUGAUUUUCGUUAUAUUAGAGUUGAUAUACCACCAUGGUUUUCUGCGGUCUCGAUAGCAUUGAACUCAGAUGUAGACCUUGAUGUUUCAAGAAUCGAAAGGGUUCCAAAAAGUUCACUGCCGAUAAUAUGCUUUAGAGAUGGAAGUCCUCCUCUUCCAGAUGCUUUAAACACAUCUCUGAAAUAUUCAGCUGUCUCAGGAAUAAAUGGUCUUGAUAUGGAGCAGUGCUUUCCUAUGGAGAAAAAUAUCACUAUAAAACUGACGAACGAGCAGAUAUCUCCAGGUGCUUGGUACAUUGGUCUUUUCAAUGGCAUUGGAGCUGCAAGAACACAAUCAAGGAUGAUUAUUCGAGGCACAUCCUACUCCUUUAGUGCCAAUAUAAGUGUGGAAGCUUGCUCAAAUUCGAUGAUGAGGGGGGAGUUCUGUAACAAGACCGUCAAUCCACUUUCAUGCACAGCAUCUGAUGUCUACAAUUCUUCGAAGGCUACAGUGAUGAAGCCAACAAUGGAAAACGCGAUGACCUGCAAAAGCAACUUUGAAACUUUUUGUGUUCAAGAAGAUGUACCGAACUUAUAUUCUGUGGAUAUAACAAAUGUGAUAGAAGAAUUGACCAUUACGGCAGGAAAUAUCAGAUUCAACAUUACACCUUCAAGUAACGGUUCUGGUGCAAGUGAUGUUAAUUUAUUGUGUUUUGCUCGUCACGGUGCAAUACCUGCAAAUAGUCUGUAUGAUUAUGCCAGUGAUUUAUAUAAAGCCCCUCUUGUUAUUCGUUCUCCACUUGUUGGUCGUUGGUACAUUAGCAUAUUAUCGGUUAAUCUUACAAAAAUGCUUGGAGAGACUCAGGAUCAUGAUGUAAAAGUUUGCUAUUCCCUUGAAUCACAAAUGCUUCAGUGCCCACUUGGAAAAGCUGGACCAAAUUGUACAAUGAGUAGCCACGCACUUCAGACAGUUCUAAGGAGAGGUCCAAUCCCCUUUGAAUCAUAUUAUUUGCCUAUUGGCGAAGGAUCAUCUUCUGCCAAUUUUCCUCUUGAGCCACUUUUGGACAACUCAUCAAACUUCAAAGAAACUAAUGACAUUUGGACUUACUUUACAUUCGACAUUCCUCGUGGUGCAGCUGGCCGAAAUAUUCAUGUACGGCUAUCUUCAGAUACGAAGAUCAGUUACGAAGUUUAUGCAAGAUUUGGGGGAUUGCCUUCUGUUGAUAACCGGGACUAUUAUUAUGCUAACAAAACAACGAAAAGCAAUCAAUCCAUGUUUUUCAUGCUAUAUGAUUCGAGUGACAAAAAUAUCGAUUUUUACAUUAUUUAUGCUAGAGAAGGAACUUGGAAUUUUGGUCUAAGACAUGUUAAUACUAGCAGUGAUUCUUUGAAACAGCAAACUAUCAUGUCUAUUUCACUUGAAGGAUGUCCAAAACAAUGCUCCUCUCAUGGUGACUGUAAAUAUUCGUUCGAUGCUACUGGAUUGACGUCAUACAGCUUCUGUUCUUGUGACCGAAACCAUGGUGGCUUUGACUGUAGCGUUGAAAUUGUAUCGCAUAAAGGGCACAUACUUCAAUCAAUUUUUCUCAUUGGAUCGAACGCUGCAGCCAUACUUCCUGCCUUUUGGGCCCUUCGACAGAAGGCGUUUGCAGAAUGGAUUUUAUUCACAGCCAGUGGAAUUUCAAGUGGAAUAUAUCAUGCAUGCGACGUAGGCACCUGGUGUGCAUUGAACUUCGGUGUUCUACAGUUUAUGGACUUCUGGCUAUCUUUCAUGGCUGUGAUUAGCACUUUUGUAUACCUGGCUACCAUCGAUGAAGUAUAUAAGAGGGCAAUUCACACAGUUGUUGCUAUCUUUACUGCUCUCUUGUCUAUAACUAAUGCAACCAGGUCUACUAAUAUCAUUCUUGUGAUUGUGAUUGGGGCUGUUGGUCUUCUUAUUGGAUGGUUGAUAGAAAUGUCAACAAAGUAUAGGUCUCUUUCCUUUUCAUUCGGAUUCUCGCCAAAUUUCCUUCAAAGUUUGUUAUCUAUAAAGCAAUGGUUCUAUAAUCUUGUGAAGACACUUUUGAGACGGUUCCGUUGGGGAUUUCUAUUGGCCGGAUUCGCCGCAUUAAUCAUGGCAGGAGUAAGCUGGAUGCUUGAAACAAGUGAUACCUACUGGAUUUGGCAUAGCUUUUGGCAUGCUACAAUAUACACAUCUUCUUUCUUCUUCCUUUGCUCAAAAGCAAAUAUUGUUGUUGAUGCUGAGAAUCAGCUACCUAGAAGUGAAAACUAUGCUCUAACUCGUCAGGAUUCAUUUUCAAGAGAAUAAUUAGAAGAACAUAUUAUAUGGAAUUGGUUGGUGUAAAAAUGAAUGGAAGGUAUAGAUUGAGGAAUUUAAUUUAUAUAUACCGUCGGUAUAAAGAUUAAUACACUGUCAAUCAAUCAUAUAAUCACCAAAUCAUUCAAAUUGUCUGACUCGGCCAUAAUAAUUAUUUCUAAAGUCAUACACAUAUGAUUGUUUGUGAUUUAUUGACGGUGUAAAAAGAUUUAUACCGAGAGUGUAUCAAAAUUAAACUCUAGUUUGAGUUUAAUUUUUCUUUAGAAUGUUAGGCUUCAUAUAUUGGAUAGGUGAAAGAAAUGGUUGAUGACCAAAAUUAGAAAUUUUGUUUAGGAUAUAUUAUAAUAUUAAUAGCAUGGGAAUUGUAUUAUAUGAAGAGAUCUAUUGGUCAAAGCAAAUCAACAUAACUGGGUUAUUGUUAUUAUUUAUUCA